AUGGUCGGGCAAACGAGGAAUAAACUCAAAGAAGCGACUUCAGAGCCACCUCAAUCUACUCGCGCCUUGCAGUCGAAGCGGCGGCGCAAGGCCACCGGAGCCGGAGCCGGGGAGCCCGAGUUAGAGAAAGAGCUGCAGGAGGAGAUGGAAAAGCCGGAGCUGCUUCUGCAGCCCUCGUCCCUAAGCGGCAGAAACCUGCCAGGGGGCUCCCGGGAUUACACGCCGCGGAAGAUCCGAAAUUUGAACGCGCAAAACUGCUUGCAUCUGGAACAGCUCGCCAAAACACUACUUUUCGGCCGCUUUCAAUUUCUCUUCGGUUUCCUGGAACAGGUCCGCGAAAAGGUGCACGUAUUGCAGACCCUUAAGGUCUCGAGCAGGACCACCUUCAGCAUAGCUGCUAUUGUGGGAAUUUUGCACUGGAUACAUUUAAUAUCACUUUUUGAAAAUGACCGUCAUUUUUCUCACCUCUCAUCUUUGGAACGAGAGAUGACUUUUCGCACUGAAAUGGGACUUUAUUAUUCCUACUUCAAGACCAUUAUUGAAGCACCUUCAUUUUUGGAAGGACUGUGGAUGAUUAUGAAUGAUAGGCUUACUGAGUAUCCCCUUGUAAUUAAUACAGUGAAACGCUUCCAUCUUUAUCCAGAGGUAAUCAUAGCCUACUGGUAUCGCACAUUCGUGGGAAUAACGAAUUUAUUUGGGGUAGAAACUAAGACCUGCUGGAAUGUCACCAGAGUAGAACCUCUUAACGAAGUUCAAAGCUGUGAAGGAUUGGGAGACCCCGCUUGCUUUUAUGUUGCUGUGAUUUUUAUUUUAAAUGGACUAAUGAUGGGAUUAUUCUUCGUAUAUGGUACAUACCUGAGUGGGACUCAGUUAGGAGGUCUAAUUACAGUACUGUGCUUCUUUUUCAACCAUGGAGAGGCUACCCGUGUAAUGUGGACACCACCUCUCCGUGAAAGUUUUUCAUAUCCAUUCCUUGUUCUUCAGAUGUAUAUUUUAACUAUGACUCUCAGGACCUCACACAAUAAUGGAAAACAUUUCAUUGCACUCUGUGCUUCCAAUAUUGCUUUUAUGCUUCCCUGGCAAUUUGCUCAGUUUAUACUUUUUACACAGAUAGCCUCAUUAUUUCCCAUGUACGUUGUGGGGUACAUUGAGCCAAGCAAAUUUCGGAAGAUCAUUUAUAUGAAUAUGAUUUCACUUUUCCUUUGUUUCAUUUUGAUGUUUGGAAAUCCAAUGUACUUAUCUUCUUAUUAUUCUUCAUCUUUGUUAAUGACAUGGGCAAUAAUUUUAAAGAAAAAUCAAAUUCAAAAAUUGGGAGUUUCUGAACUCAACUUUUGGCUAAUUCAAGGUGGUAUUUGGUGGUUUGGAACUGUCGUUUUGAAAUUUCUGACCUCUAAAAUCUUAGGUGUUUCAGACCAUAUUCGCCUGAGUGACCUUAUAGCAGCCAGAAUCUUAGGGUAUACAGAUUUCGACACCUUAGUAUAUACCUGUGCUCCUGAAUUUGACUUUAUGGAAAAAGCGACUCCACUGAGAUACACAAAGACAUUAUUGCUUCCAGUUGUUUUGGUGAUUACUUAUUUUAUCUUUAAAAAGACUUAUCGUGAUAUUUUAUGUGUCUUAUCUACAAACACUUAUCUAAGAAAACAGCUCCUUGAACGUGGUGAGCUGGUUUUUCACACUUUGCAGUUGAUGGCAUUUACUUCCCUUGCUGUUUUAAUUAUGAGGCUGAAACUGUUUUUGACACCACACAUGUGUAUUAUGGCUUCCUUGAUCUGCAACCGACAGCUCUUUGGCUGGCUUUUUUGCAAAGUUCAUUUUGAGAAUGUUAUCUUUGGCAUUCUGACAGUGAUGUCAAUACAAGGUUGUGCAAACCUCCACAAUCAAUGGAGCAUAAUAGGAGAAUUUAAUAAUUUGCCUCAGGAAGAAAUUAUACAAUGGAUCAAAUACAAUACCAGACCUGAUGCUGUUUUUGCAGGUGCUAUGCCUACAAUGGCAAGCAUCAAACUGUCUACACUUCAUCCCAUUGUGAAUCACCCUCAUUAUGAAGAUGCAGACUUGAGGGCCCGAACAAAAAUAGUUUAUUCAGCAUAUAGUCGAAAAUCUGCAAAAGAAGUGAGAGAUAAAUUGUUGGAGUUACAUGUGAAUUAUUAUGUUUUAGAAGAGGCAUGGUGUGUUGUGAGAACUAAGCCUGGUUGCAGCAUGCUUGAAAUCUGGGAUGUUGAAGACCCUUCCAAUGCUGCUAACCCUCCCCUAUGUAGCAUCCUGCUCAAGGAUGCAAGGCCUUACUUCACCACAGUAUUUAUGAAUAGUAUGUACAGAGUAUUAAAGGUUAACUAA